ACUGAAAAAAUUACAAUGAGAACCUUUGCUUUAGUUGCCCUCAGCCUGGUGGCCGUGGCCUCAGCUGCCCCACAAUUCGGUGGUUAUGGCUAUCAACAAGUCCAACAACCUGCUCCCGUGGUGUAUCAACCCCAGCCCAGUGCCCCCAUUGCCAGCAGCGGAUAUCAGGGUGGUGACAAAUAUUUGCCACCCGCCAGCACAACCCCAGCUCCUGUGGUGCGCAAACAAUUCUAUUUGGUCUCGGCACCCGAUGACAGUGAAAACCAACCCAAACAGAAACAUUUGGUUUUGGGCCGCCCACAAAAAACCUAUCGCGUUGUCUUCAUUAAGGCUCCUGGCUCGGAUAAUGCCAAUGUCAAAUACUCGGCCGAAUAUGCUCCACAAGAGGAGAAGACUGUCAUUUAUGUAUUGAGCAAGAAGGAUAAUGAAUUGAAUGCCGGCGAUAUUGCCACACCAGCACCCACAGAGGCCAGCAAACCUGAGGUAUUCUUCAUUAAAUACAAGACCCCCGAAGAGGCUGAGGCUGCCCAAAGAGAAAUUCAAAAUGAAUACGACAAAUUGGGUGGCACCAACGAAUUCUCCGAUGAAGGUGUUGCUCCCAUCACUUCCGUUGUUGGUGCCUUGGAUGGCCUUACUCCCGAUGGUGCCUACAACUAUCAACCCAUUGCCCCCAGCUCUUCGGAAAAAUCCGCCAUCAGCCAAUAUUUGCCUCCUAUCACUAAAUAGGCUCUAGGCAAAUUUUGAGUUGUUGCUUUGAUUUUAGGUUAUUUAGUUCCUUUGUUGUUACUUUUUUUGUUUUUU